GCAGCGGGACUAGAGACGCGGUCAUCAUGUACUCGGAGUGGCGGACGCUGCACCUGGUUAUAAAGAACGACCAGGGUCACACCAGCGUACUGCACAGCUAUCCGGAAAACGUGGGCAGAGAUGUCGCCAAUGCGGUGGUCCGUCCACUGGGGCAGGCGCUCAAUGCCCCCUCCACAGCUGGGAGUGAGAGUAUCCUGAAGACCGAUAAAGAGGUGAAAUGGACCAUGGAGGUGAUCUGUUAUGGCCUCACAUUACCACUAGAAGGCGACACUGUGAAAUACUGUGUGGACGUGUACACCGACUGGAUGAUGGCCCUGGUGUCCCCAAAGGACUCCAUCCCCCAGCCCGUGGUCAGGGAACCCAACAAGUACAUUCAGAUCAUUCUCAAGCACCUGCAGAAUGUCUUUGUGCCAAGGCAGGAACAAAUAGGCAACCAGAUCCGGCUGUGCCUGCUCGUCUUACGCUCUGUCCAGAAGUUGGCGAGAGACUCCACCAGCAUGGCCCGGGAAACCUGGGAGGUCCUCCUGCUGUUCCUACUGCAGAUCAAUGACACGCUCCUCGCUGCCCCCACUGUUACAGGGGGUAUUGCAGAAAGUUUGGCUGACAAGCUCAUUGGCGUUCUGUUUGAAGUCUGGCUCUUGGCCUGUACUCGCUGCUUCCCAACACCGCCCUACUGGAAGACGGCUAAAGAAAUGGUGGCCAACUGGAGACACCACCCGGCUGUGGUCGAGCAGUGGAGUAAAGCGAUCUGUGCCCUAACAUCAAGGUUGUUGCGGUUCACCUAUGGACCGUCCUUUCCCCCUUUCAAAGUUCCAGAGGAAGAUGCCAGUUUGAUCCCCGCCGAGAUGGACAAUGAGUGUGUGGCGCAAACCUGGUUCCGAUUCCUCCAUAUGCUGAGUAACCCUGUCGACCUAAGCAACCCGAGUAUCAUUGGCACAACUCCAAAGUUUCAGGAGCAGUUUCUGAACGUGAGCGGGGUGCCCAGCCAGGAACUCAACCAGUACUCCUGUCUUAAACAGCUGCCUCAGAUCUUCUUCCGUGCCAUGCGAGGGGUCAGCUGUCUAGUAGAUGCUUUUUUAGGCAUCUCUCGCCCCAGGGCUGACAGUGCACCACCGACCCCAGUGAACAGGCUCAGCAUGCCCCAGACAACAGCGACCAACACUACCCCUCCGCACAGCCGGAGGCACCGUACGGUCACAGUAAACAAGACCACCAUGAAAACUAGCUCAAUAAACGCAACACACAGCACAAAAGUUCAGCAGCAGGCGUCUUCCACCUCUCCGCUGUCCAGCCCAAACCAAACCAACUCCGAGCCUCGUCCAUUACCGGCCCCGACCAGACCCAAAGUCAACAGCAUCCUGAAUCUCUUCGGCUCCUGGCUCUUCGAUGCCGCCCUCGUCCACUGCAAGCUGCAGAACGGAGUGAACCGAGACAGCAGUAUGACCGCCAUAGCCACCCAGGCCACUGUUGAGAUGCGGCGCAAAGGUUCCCAGUUAUCCACAGACACUAUGGGGUCCAGCACGGUGUUCGACGCAAACGAAUUCCCCGAAAAUUACGAGGCCGGACGGGCGGAAGCUUGUGGGACCUUGUGUAGGAUUUUCUGCAGCAAGAAGACCGGGGAGGAAACGUUAUCGGCCUAUCUGUCCAGGUUUUAUAUGGUUCUUGUCCAAGGUUUACAGAUCGGAGAUUUUAUCUGCCAUCCGGUUCUCGCCAGCAUCAUCCUGAACUCUCCGCCGCUCUUCUGCUGCGAUCUGAAGGGGAUUAACGUUGUGGUUCCGUAUUUCAUUUCUGCGCUGGAAAUUAUUUUACCAGACAGAGAGUUGUCAAAGUUCAAGAGCUACGUAAACCCGACGGAGCUGCGGAGGUCCAGCAUCCACAUCCUGCUGUCACUGUUGCCUUUGCCGCACCAUUUUGGAAUGGUGAAGUCAGAGGUCUUGUUGGAAGGAAAAUUCAGCAACGACGACUCUGGCAGCGACAAGCCGGCUACUUUCCUGUCACUGAAGCUGAGGCUCGUCAAUAUCCUCAUCGGAGCGUUACAGACAGAGACCGAUCCUAACAACACCCAGAUGAUCCUAGGUGCGAUGCUGAACAUUGUCCAGGACUCUGCGUUUUUAGAAGCUACAGGAAACCAGGUGGAGAUGAUUGAAAACAACGUGAUGAAGAGUCACAGCCGAACAAACAGCAGUAUCAGUACGGCCAGCGGGGGCAGCACCGAGCCCACAACUCCAGACAGCGAGAGGCCGGCGCAAGCGCUGCUGCGGGACUACGCUCUUCAUACAGAUACAGCUGCCGGUCUGCUCAUGCGCAGCAUCCACUUGGUGACACAGAGACUCAACUCGCAGUGGAGGCCGGACAUGAGCAUCUCAUUGGCUGCCCUGGAGCUGCUGUCUGGUCUCGCCAAGGUAAAGGUCGGCAUUGACUCCACGGAUCGGAAGCGGGCAGUGAGUUCUGUCUGUACGUACAUCGUGUACCAGUGUUCGCGCCCGGCUCCGCAUCACUCCAGGGACCUGCACUCCAUGAUUGUCGCUGCGUUCCAGUGCCUGUGCGUCUGGCUCACCGAGCACCCCGAUAUGUUAAAUGAAAAGGACUGCCUGAAGGAGGUGCUGGAGAUUGUAGAGCUGGGAAUAUCUGGAAGCAAAUCCAGGAACCUCGAACAGCAAGAAGUGCGUUUUAAAGCGGAUAAAGAGCACAACCCGGCGUCUAUGAGAGUGAAAGAUGCCGCAGAAGCCACAUUAACCUGUAUUAUGCAGCUUGUUGGGGCCUUCCCACCGCCCAGCGGCCCUGCCUCUCCUUGCAGUCUGGUGAACGAGACAACGCUGAUCACUUACUCCCGACUGCCCACCGUCAGCAAGUACAGCUUCCGUUAUUAUGUGCUGGAUAACAGCGUCAUACUGGCCAUGCUGGAGCAGCCGCUUGGGAAUGAGCAGAGCAGCCCGAGUCCGUCCAUCACUGUCCUGAUCAGAGGCAUGUCAGGACGCCAUGCGUGGGCCCUGCAGCUCUGCCACCUACCGCGAGCAGCAAGAGCCAAUCAGAGAAUGUUUAUUCCUGAGGCCAGACCGGAGCCUAAGAACGAUGUUGGUAUAAAAUACUAUGUGAAGCAUCGUCCGUUCCCCGAGGAGGUGGAUAAGAUCCCAUUUGUCAAGGCUGAUCUGAGUAUUCCAGACCUGCAUGAAAUUGUUACCGAAGAGUUGGAGCAGAGACAUGAAAAGUUAAAGAUUGGAAUGGCCAAACAGAUGGCGUAUGAGGUUGGUCUGGAGCAUGUGAAGGAGGAGGAGUUUAAGAAGAAGAGUUACCCCGACCCCGUAACGGAAUGUAAGCCCCCGCCUCCGGCGCAGGAGUUCCAGACCGCACGACUGCUCCUGUCACACUUUGGAUUCCUCUCCCUUGAAGCGCUGAAGGAGCCAGCCAAUAGCCGUCUACCUCCGCACCUCAUUGCACUGGACUCUCACAUCCCCGGAUUCUUUGACGACAUCGGAUACCUGGAUUUGCUUCCCUGUCGCCCCUUUGAUACCGUUUUUAUUUUCUAUGUUAAGGCUGGCCAGAAAACAAGUCAGGAGAUCUUGAAGAAUGUGGAGUCUUCUAGUAAUGUUCAGCCGCACUUCUUGGAGUUUCUGCUUUCCCUGGGCUGGCCGGUCGAUGUCGGGACGCAUCCGGGCUGGACGGGGCACGUGUCCACCAGUUGGUCAAUUAACUGCGUCGGAGAGAAUGAACAAGGCCACGACGAAACGGUGACUGCGGAGGACUCUGGAGGAAGCAUAUUUAACGGGGAGAAGAAAGUGCUGUAUUAUGCCGACGCCUUGACAGAAAUCGCCUUUGUUGUACCGUCAGCAGUGGAGACUCAGACGGACGCGUCAGAAACUAAUGUAUCUGAGCAAGAAAGUGACUCCAACAUGGAUCUCCUUCCGGGGAUACUGAAGCAGCCCCUAACACUUGAGCUGUUUCCUAACCAUACGGAAAGUUUAAAUUCUACGCAAAGGCUCAGUCCCACAUCGAGGGCAAAGAAGACUCCACACGGACGAACACUUCCCCCUCUGGGGCCGGAGACCAAGGUGGCUGUGGUCUGGUUGGAGCAGUAUGAUGACCUAGAAAACUUCCCUCUGUCAGACCUGGCAGCGGAGACCAGUACUGGUAUAGAGACGACGACAAACAGCAGCACUUCCAUCAGGAACAGCACUCCCGAGAAGGAGUUUCCUGUAAUAUUUAUACACCCCCUGUACACUGGGUUGUUCCGGGUGAAAGUUCAUGGGGCUUCUGGAAAAUUCAAUAUGGUUAUCCCACUGGUGGAUGGGAUGGUGGUGAGCAGAAGAGCACUUGGCUUUUUGGUUCGGCAAACCGUCAUCAACAUCUGCAGGCGGAAGAGGUUGGAGAGCGACUCCUAUAACACACCGUACGUGCGACGAAAGCAGAAAAUCACCGACAUAGUCAACAAGUACAGGAACCGGCAGCUGGAGCCCGAGUUCUACACCUCUCUCUUCCAUGAAGUUGGCCUGAAGAGCUGCACUCCUUAAAACCAAAAUUCGCCCACUCCGUGGGGCCUUAGGGGCCAAUGACUAAGUUAUAAGGGCCACUCUGGCAGGGUCUGGAAACCAAAAACAACGAAUGUGAGCUGAAGAGGGUCUGCGGCCCGAGGGGUUAUAUUCCGGGUGGAUAGUCAGCGGCCGCCCCCUGUAGAUUUAUCUUAUUAAAGCUGCACAUGGAUCCUUGGUGCAAGAAAUCGGGCUCCGGGCGCCUGCGCUCAGAGGCUGCGGCCGGAUGUGGAAAGGGUUUAGCCAUAAAAGGUUUAUACAUCCCACUUGGUAUCGGAGCCACGUGUAGGAAGAUGUAGCAGUGAGGAGGGGGAACUUUUAUUUAUCAUCCUUUUUUGUUCUUAAGUUUGGUCCCAUGUCCCGACAGCUAACAGCCUGUCUGCCUCCUCCCGAGGAUUCAUACUGUUCCAGAAAGGUAAAUCAAGGCUUCCCUUCUCAAGGUAAAGGUAAAUCAAGGCUUCCCUUCUCGUGGUAAAUCAAGGCUUUCCUCUCAUCUCAGCAGCCAAAGGCUGCUGAGAUGAGAGGGAAGUCUUGAUUUACCUUGCAGGGACAGUGUGAAUCCUCUGGAGGGAGGCAGACCUGCAGUGUGUACAUCACAGAACACCAUAGACAGGACAGGAUAUUAACGGCGCAAAUCUUAGUCUGUCCGGACAUGCUGGGAGUUGUAAUUUUGCAACAGCUGCAGGUCUGGUGUUUGGAGAACACCGUUCUAACUUUUUGGUUUUCCGCAUUUUAGCCAUUUGCUCGGAUUUCCAAAAUCCUCUAUGCUGCGCCUCCAGAAGAUAUGAUCUGGAUUAUACCGCUGCUGUUUUAUAUUAUAAUAUUCCCGUUUAUAAUCCUUCUGUUCGGCCAUUUUUAUUUAGGAUCAGUCCUAGGAGAUAUUUUAUAUUAAAACCAUCUCCUUACGUCACGGCCUCGAUAGCGAAGCCCUCCCUAUCCGGGAAAUAAGAUUGGAGCCAUAAAUGUUGGGGGGAAACUGCACUUGAGUGGGCACUCAGGAUUGUAUUCCUGCAGUGGGUGAACUUUAAAGGGGUAUCCCGGCUUUUAAAAAACUUUAUUGCGGCGGUGGUCCGACCCCUAGGACCCCCCUCUUAAUCUCCAGAUCGAGACUUCGACUUUCCCCGAUGAAUACUCCAGCACCUUCUGUGAUGGCCACUGAGCCAAUCACCAUGUCCCGCCUCAGUCGGUGAUUGGCUGUCACUGCCGAGACAGGUACGUCUCAGAAUGUGGGGUCCGGAGCAUUAAAGGGGUACUCCACUGGCCAGCGUUCAGAAGUAAUUGUUCCUGAACGCUGUCACGCCCCCUCCCAUAGACUUGUAUUGAGGGGGCAUGGCCGUGAUGUCAUGAGGGGCGUGGUCCAACCACCAUAGUGCGAAAACAGCGUUUGGAACAAUUACUUCCGAACGCUGGCCAGUGGAGUACCCCUUUAAGCAGUGCCUCAUCCUGAAGAUUGCCCUGGUGGGGGGGGGGGAGACUUAGAGGUCUGCUGUCCAGGCAUGCUGGGUAUUGUAGUUGUGCAACAGCUGGAGGCACCCUGGUUGGAAAACACUAGUCUAUCCACUAACUGAUCAUUGGGGGUCCGAUUACUGAAAACUCCACCAAUCCCGGCAGCACACGUGCGCGCCCAACUCUGGAAUUAUUCUCUAUGGGGUUUCCAGUUAUUGCCAAGGCCUGUGCUCGGCGCUUGCUAAUGUUUGCAAGUCCUGUAAAGAAUAAGCCGGGCUUUGCUGGUUAAUUUGAGGAACAAUUAUCCUCCUUAGUCCCACCAAUCAGCUUGUUUUCCCAUAUCCCAAAGUUCUCCAACCAGUCUGCUGUGGCAAAACUACAACUCCCAGCAUGCCUGGACAGCUGCUACGAUGAGAGAGAAGCCUUGAUUUACCUUUCAGGGACAGUGUGGAUCCUUUGGAGGAGGCAGACAGUCUGUUAACUGUCCUGGCAUGCUGGAAGUUGUAGUUUUGCAACAGCUGGGGGCAUCCUGGUUGGGAAACAAUGCCAUUCUUUAGGAAAUCGGCCUCAAAUUAUAGACCUAAGACCUAUUUAUUUAUUUUUUUUCUCUUAUGGGGGUAGUAAGAAAUUGCAGAGUCCUAAAUUUAGAAAUGUACCCGGCUUAGAGGUUAUAUAGGAUUAGAAAAAAAAGACAUAGCCACUUUAUUCCAAACACAGCGCCACCCCU